CGUCAGCAGACCACAUCAGCMGGCCACRUCAGCAGGCCAUGUGAGCAGACYACGUGAAUAGGCCACGUCAGCAGCAGGGAGUGCCACGUCAGCAGACCCCCAACCUGGUCUAUCUUCACGCRCUCGSAAACAGCCAUCAUGGACSAGAAGUCYGGGGAAAUGGACGAGGCCUAUUAGGCCCGAAUGCUGCUUCUGAUUACCGAAGCCAAGCAACAGUCGGAUGCAGUAGCAGGCGCAACAAAGAAGAAGGCAGAGGACGCCGAGAAGGCACGUCUGUUGGCAAUCGAACAGCAGCGCCAGCACGACGAGGCAGCAGCAAAGGCUGCCGAUAAAGAACGAAUUCAACGGCGCGAGAAGAUAUUCAGCGGAGAGCGAGCUUUGCUCACAAUKGCAAUGGACURGCGGSCCGAGGCCGAGAAUGGCAAGAUGGAAGAGAGUGAAAACAAGAUCGCUCUACUCCUCUCCCAUCUCACGGACGUCCUGGCAACAUGCAUUACAYAGCAGGAGGAUAUCCACAACCUCGAUGACACGUUAGCUCAAGUCAGCAGCCGCCUGCAGCAGCUGGGGCAACGACCCGUCGCCGCCCCCGAUGCCAGCUCCUCCAACACCUCUGAUSGCCUUGAGGCAUUGGAGAUUGAUGUCGUAUCCCUCAAGGACGGCGUGCAGUUAACAGCAAACCACAACGCAACAGUUGGAGCAGCGGAUCUGUACUGCCGCCACCCACUCGAGCUCGGAACCGUGCGAGAUGACUCCAAGCUCCACCACGUCAGCGAACACGAGCACCACACAUACUUAUACUCCCAGUCGGGGGGCGCGUGCCAAGCAUGGUUGGACAAUCUCUUGUCCAAGUACGGAGUGGUGACUGCCGACUUGUACACCAAGAUCAGCUGGGAUGAUCUAAAGGCGGCGUGGCAUAAGCGGUUCCAAGUAGAGCCGUCGGAGAUCAAGGCAAUGGACAAGCUGAUGACCUUCGAACAAGGCACGCUGCCGAGUGUUGACUGGAUUGCCGAGUACCAACGCUUGACAUCCGUCCCAUACCUUCAAAUGGGCUUCAAGGCCGUCAAACACUACUCCAUCUCGAGGUCCUGUCCGACGUUGGGCAAUGCCUUGGCUCACGUCGAGGACACCCUAACGACAACGACGGAUCUCUUCAACAAGGCCGCGCAGGUCGUUGUCACGAACAAGGAGGCGAAGAACCUCCACCGUUCGUCUGCGGCAUGCCUGAGUAGAGAUCAGCAUCGACCGAAAGUGGCCGUGGUCGCGGCGGCAACGCCAACUGACCAAAGUAGCGAGGCCGUGUCUGCCAAUGAAGGGGACAGACUCGCAGCCGCUCGGGAUGGUGGCCACCCCGACGAAGGUCGAGGACACAGCAAGACGAAGACAAACACCGCAUCUAGCCCCGGGCCCGGCGCAGAAGCUCCAGCCCCAUGGUCCCACUACGGUCUCUCUGAGCAGGCGUACAAAGCACGCACGAGAUUCCGCUAUUGUCUGUGUGCGGAUCACACGGUCAACUUCCACGGGCGGACUCUUACCGUUCGCGACGCCUUCGAUGUCGAAGUGCCGUGUACUAUUCCUCUCCCGCACCCUUCGAUUCGGUGCCAAGUGGUGACGACCAAGUCAUUCCGGACUACUUGUGCUUACGAUCAGCCCGACGAAAUCGACCUAUGUUUCCUAUGGACCGUCGUGGCAGCCGACUCUUCACCCACGGACUUGUCUUCGGACCCCCGUGUGGUGUGGUUGCUCGACGAGUUCGCCAACAUCUUCGAGGCACCUACAGGUGUGGUGCCGGAUCGGUCGAUCUCUCACGAGAUCAUUCUUGAGGUCGGUGCUGUGUCGCCGAAAGGUUGCAUUUACCCCAUGAGCGAGGAUGAGCUUACGGUCAUCCGCAAGCAACUCGACGACUUGUUGGACAAGGGUUGGAUCCGCCCUAAUAGCUCUUCAUAUGGAGCGCCAGUUCUCUUCGUACGGAAGAAGAACAAGGAUCUUCGCUUGUGCAUCGACUACCGCAAGCUCAAUUCGCAAACCGUCAAGAAUGCGGGACCUCUUCCUCGUAUCGACGAUGUUCUUGAGCGAUUGGGCGGCGCAAAGUACUUCUCUAAGUUGGAUUUGAAGUCGGGAUACCAUCAGAUUUCGAUCCGGCCGAACGAUCGCUAUAAAUCCGCGUUCAAGACACGGUAUGGGCAUUUUGAGUGGGUGGUCAUGCCUUGUGGCCUCACCAACGCCCCGACGACCUUUCAAGCGGCAAUGACCAACGAGUUUCGUGCGAUGUUGGACCGAUUCAUGCUKGUCUACUUAGACGACAUUCUCGUCUAUAGCCAGUCAUUGGAGGAUCAUCUUGAGCACCUUCAAUGAGUGUUGGAGAUGCUCCGCCGCGCCAAGUACAAAGCCAWCCGUGACAAGUGSAAAUUUGCCCGGCAAGA